UCCAUCUGACAACAGUUUGUUGACCGAAGUGCCCGUGCAGUUUGUUAAUGGAAAGGUGGUGAAUUGUACAUGCUCCUCGGCAAUGCUUCAUCAGUACAAGAACGCAGCUCAGUGCUUGCAUGCCGCCGGAGUUAAGGUCUCCACCAUCUCAAAAGCUAGAAUGGGUAUCCUAAAAAAUGUUACAAACUGGAGGCGAGAAAGAAAGACAAGGGUUGUGCGGUCCUCAAGCGUUGGCCAUCGACAUUCAUCGUCAGACAGACCCAAGUCCGUCGAUCCAUUAGCUCCGCUUCUGCUUCACGGGCAGAGCUGCACAAACUCCACGACACAAGACGCAGAUGCAGACGAACUACGCUUCAGCAAACCAAGAAAUUACCGGCGCGUAGUGGUCCUUGGCUCACCGAGAGUGGGCAAGACGGCCAUCCUGAGACGAUUCCUGCAAGGGGGGUUUGAGGACAAUUAUAUACCCACAACAGAAGACUAUCACAGUAAACUGUAUCACAUUCGUGGAGAAACGUAUCAGAUCGAUAUUCUGGACGCCUCAAACGAGAGGGACUUCCCCGCCAAGCGCAGGCUGUCAAUACUGACAGGUGAUAUAUUCCUCCUUGUGUUCAGCGUGGAUGACAGACAGUCUUUUAACGAAGUCUGCUCUUUACGCGCAGAGAUUAAACUGGCCAAAUCCAAACUUGCCAAGUCUAAAGAGAACACUCAAGUCCCCAUAGUAAUAUGCGGGAACAAAGUUGACCUGCAGACCGAAAGGGUCGUCCGCCGCCCAGAGAUGUGCGAAAGACUCGGGGAGGACGCUGCCGUGUUUGAAACAUCGGCUAAAGACGGUACCCAAAUGGAGAAGAUGUUCGAAGCCCUGGCGCAGCUCGGCGGACUCCCUGUCGAGACGCGGCCGUCUCUGCACAGAGACAUUUCAAUUCGCUCCUAUGAAGCGCUGCAUGCUGGAAAGCGAAGCAAACGGGAGAUCCGAUUGCUCGCCUUAGAUGGACCUUGCGGUGCCGUUUAUCCACUGGCCCGCCGCCCUAGUUAUCACAGCGAUCUUCGUCGCAUUCUCGGACCUAGUGCCUCGAAAAGGACCACUCCUAUUGAGAGGUGCCAGAUCCAAUAA